UACGGCCGUUUACGAUGCAAAUACGACCGCAAACGGUGAUUUACGGCGGUCAUAUACGACUGUAUACGGUCGUUUACGGCAGUCGUAAAACUGGACCUGGGUCACAAUGAUAUUAUCGCUAUAGAUCAUUCCUCUAGUGCUUGUACACGUCUAUCUCAUUUACUUUAUUCUCAUCUUAUUACACUCUUUUCUUUUGCUUCAUAUUUUAUUGUACUGUAUAAGAGUCUGUGGCAUAUAUGAUUACGCUUUGCCACUUUACUAAUGUAGAAAAUAAACGGUUUAAGAAAAAAAAGAUUUCUCAAGCUGGAUGCAGAUGCUGAGAUCUCCAGAGACCUUAAAAACCGCAGUUAUAAAACAUUGAAGUUAUAUAAUUUCGAUUAGUUUAGUCGACUGGCACGUGUGUGCCAAGAAAAAUCGUGUCAUUUAUGUACGUUUCAACAGUUUUACUGGAAACCUAACGAUUUUGGAAGCUAUUUUAAGCCGCUGCCUGGAUAUUUCUACGAUACUUAAAAAGUAGUUACCACAAAGUUAACUGACAGAUAGUUACCGUUAUUUCAACGGUAACUGGGAACACAGUUAGCGUUAAAACAACGGUAACUGGAAAGACCGUUAUCAUUGUGUUAACGGUAACUGUGUUUUCAGUUAGCGUUAGAUCAACGCAACAGGAACUUUUACAGUCCUAAUCGUGGGAAAAUACAGGCAAAAACUAGCUUGAAAACAAAGCGCCAUGUGGUAAAAUUCUUUUUUAAUAUUAAAUUCAACAAAAUUAUAAGUCAAAACGAUAAGAACUAUGAAUCUGAAUUCCUUCUGCUACAUAUUAGCGAAAAAGGUUUUUGAUUUGCAAUCAUACCUAUAAAGAGAAAAAACUUUUUUCCAAGCCAGUUAAUCCUCUGUCCAGCUAUAGACAACGUUAUGCGUUUUCCAUUUUUUCGCAACCUUCAAACUGUCUCAUGAAGAAAAUACUUUCUUUUCUAUGUAAGAAAUGAAGAGAUUCAUGUUAUACCAGAUUCAUCUGAACAAGUUAAUGGUGACUGUUGAUAGUAUUGUGCUAUAUUAUUUUUAUUGUUAACUGGCAUAAAUUCACUAAAUCUCCAAAUAGGAUUAAAAAAUAUCGUAUGUUCGAGAAUAAAAAGAUUUUUUCUGAAAAUAGUCUUUUCUAAUUCGAAUGCCAAUUGCACAAGGAUACCUAGGGAUAUGUGUAGAAGUUUUUUAGAUGGUAUCUGUUUUGGAACAUAUUAAAGGAGAUUUCAUUCAAGUUAAGUACAUAACGUUGGUAAUCCAUUGCCGAAUCAAAUCAAAGCUUCGUAAAAUGUUGUUUAAACAUAUUAAAUUUACGUUUGUCAAUGUAUUCUAUAGAAGUUGAUAUGCUCUAUUUAUUGGUGGAAGCAGCAUCUCAAAAUAUUGCUUUGUUCAAAAGAUAAAAGCAUUUUACGGAACUAAACCCUACCACUGAGAUGCAAUAGGAAAACCAUCUUCUUUUAUUUCUAGUCUAAAGCUAGGACCAAACAAAUAUCAUAUUCUGACGAGACAAGGACCACUUUACAAAUAUGACAUGAUACUAGCUUGGAACAAAAGGGGCAGAUUUCGACCCUUAUCCGGCGGGGUCCUUUUGGACGCCUGGACAGUUUAGAAUCCCGCGGGGCUUCUAUUUGCAAAUUUUUGCAAAUUGGAACCAAUUUUAGAGCUUUUAUGCAUACUGUUCGUAUUUUUCUUAGUUCAACAUUGCAAAAUAAAAUAAAAUAAUUUCUUAAUUUUUAUCUAAAUUAUGAAUACGAACAAUUUUACCGCACAGUAAAAAAGCCGGUUAAAAUCUAAAGUUUUUGAAUUAGUUAAAAACGAGAAAGGUAAUAAUGAAAUAUGGAAAAAUGAUGUAUCUUUAGUUGGAAAACAAAAUGAAAAUGGUGUAAUUGAUAUACUAGAAGGUUGGGCAGUUUGUAAUCAUUGUUAUAUGGCUUACAGAACACAUUCUAAAAAAGAUGAUGAUGGUAAACGAAAAAAUUAUGGAUUAAAUGGUAUACAUGAUCAUUUAAAACAAUGUAAAUCGAAACCAAAAAUAAAUUUGACUAAUAAUCAAGGACAAAACGUUCAAACAACAACAUCUGCUAUUCAACCAAAAUUUGCUUAUAAUAAAAAAGUAUUACCAGAAAAAUAUAUAUUAAAACUUAAAGAUGCUGAAUUAAAAUUUGUUGUGGCCGGUUCACAUUCAUUUAAUUCAUUAGAAAAUGAUGGUAUUUUAAAAUUGAUAUAUUUUAGUGGAAGACAGUCUAUUCAGGAAGAGGCAUUAUCAAAAUUUGAUCAAUAUACUCAUCAAAUACGUUCUUCGUUAGAAGAAUCAAUUCAACAACAUUGUGUAGCAGCUACAGCUGAUAUUUGGACUGAUGAUUUGAUGAAGAGAAGUUACUUGGAUUUUACAGUGUUCUUUGUUAAUGAUAUUUAUGAAUUAAAACAUACAUUACUAAGAUGCAAACAUUUUGAAGAAGAAAAAUCUGGAAUUAAUAUUUGGUAUGAAAUUGAAAAAAUCUUCCAAUCAUUUAAUUUAUCAUUUCGUGAUACACCUGUUGCUACUGAUCAAGGAUCAAACAUGAUCAAAGCUUUAAGUUUAACUGAUGAAGCAAGAUAUCCUUGUUUAGCACACCGAACCAAUACUGUUUUGGAAACAGCGUGA